AGGCUCCUCCCUAGUCUGAGCCGGCUGGGGCUGCAGAGAGGACUCGGGAGCUUUGCGGGAGAAUUGCCCUGUGUUUCUAUGGCUUGGAUAGAUAUUCCCAGAGAGAACCUGUAUCUGUCAGAGCAGGUCAUAGUGCUACUGUCCUGCGUACUGUCCUUCAUCGGCUCUGCUCUUAUCAUCUUCACCCAUGUCCGCUGGCCGGAGCUCAGAAGUCGUCCCCGUGAGCUGCUCCUCUACUUAUCUGUGGCUGACCUGCUGUCUGCUGCCUCUUACUUUUAUGGAGUCUUGAGAGACUUUAAUGGACCCAGGUGGGAUUGUGUUGCCCAAGGCGCUGUCUCCACUUUUUCUAACACCAGCUCUUUCUUCUGGACAAUGUCGGUGGCUUUGUACCUCUACAUCACAAUUGUGCAUUCUAAGAAGGCUUUGGCAGACCACAUGAUUUACUGGUUCCAUUUAGUCAGUUGGGGAGUCCCACUGGUGAUCACCGUGGCUGCUGUGUCUUUGCAAAAGAUUGGCUAUGAUGCCUCCUAUGUGUCCGUAGGCUGGUGCUGGAUAAACAUUGACGCCGAGGACAAACUCAUGUGGAUGUUGUUGACUGGCAAAGUGUGGGAGAUCCUGGCAUAUAUCAUUCUGCCUGUGCUGUAUGUUCUCAUCAAGAAGCACAUCGGACGAGCGCAUGCAGCUCUUUCAGAAUAUCGCCCGAUCCUGGCCGUUACUCCUGUGUAUCAGCCCAGAACCAUUGCCGAUAAGAAGCUGGUAUUCAUCCCCAUUAUAUUUAUCUUCCUUCGUGUCUGGAGCACCAUUCGGUUCAUUUUGACUCUGUGUGGUUCCCCGGCAGUUCACAACGUCAUACUCGUCAUUCUUCAUGGUAUCGGAAACACCUUUCAAGGAGGAGCCAAUUGUAUCAUGUUCGUAUUGUGCACUGGGGCAAUCAGGUCGCGCCUUUUGACAUCACUGACCUGCAGGUGUUGCAAGCCCAGUUGGAGUAGCAGUAGUGAAUACAGACAAAUCGAAGAGUCUGUGGAGCCGGAAUUCAACUACGCUUCCACGGAAGAUGCAGGAGAGGGGGUAAAGUGGCCGACCCAUCUGCCAAGGACAUGACCUUGCUCGUGGUGUACAUGUGUCAUGUGAAAACUUCCUUAGGUUGUGCUGGUGCCAGCUUUCAAGACUUAAUUAUACAAAGAAGGGCUUUUAAGACAUGAACCUGAUCAGUUAAAUCGACCCUCUUUUUUUAAGGAGCCUGUAAAAGAACUGUAGCAGACAUUUGAUGAUAAUUAUUAUUAUUAUUAUUAUUAUUAUUUUGACUUGGAAACCAUAAGAGAGCUACACACUGCUUGGGACUCUGCUCUCCAUCCAAAAGUGUGUGUGAAUUUUUUUUAUUGUUUUUGUGUAAUAUGUUUUGGAGUUUUUUUUUGUAUGUUCAAGGACUCUAUGAAAAUAUAGUAUGGACUCUUCUUGUGAUUCUUUUGGAACCAUAUUUCUCGUUUACAAUAUUUACCAUCUCUACUACUAUUGGUAGAGAAGAUACGUAGCAAAUGAACCUGCGCUCUGCACCUAAAGUUUUCCAUACGUGGCCUUGGUUACAUCGAGAUUUGUCCACUUGUAUACAGCUGACAGACCAACCAAUACAAAGAAAGAAGAUUGUAGACUUGGAAGUCUACAAGGUUCCAAAUUCUGGUUUGUGCUGUAAGCUUUGAAAGUCAUUCUCAGGACCUACCAGCAGUUUGUGUUUUCAAAAUCUCCUCCAUUAAAUAAUGUGGGUUCAAUGCUUUGUCAUCCCACUUACGUUUGUGAAAAAUGAACUUUUUGUCACAUAUGGCUCUGGAAACCAUCUGCUGCUGUUCUUCGUAAGGAUCUGCGUUGACAAUCUAUGCCAUUGAACACAUAAUGAAGUGUUAGCUGUGAUAACAACAUACACUGAAACGGUAGUGUGCCCCAAGGUUUACAAAGCAAAGAUGCGUAACUAUAAAUGUUACAAAUAGGUCAUGACGGUGGAAAUAUUGGAAAUUUCCAAUUUUUUCCUACUUAAAUAACCCUUUUUUUAAAAAGAAAAAAAAAAUUGUUUUUCUUGCUGCAAGCUGUUUCUUUUGUAGAUUGGAUUUUCCUUUGUUAAUGGCAGCUGGAGGUCUGUUUAUCCCUAAAUUGCGUUUGGACGAACAGUUCAUGAAUUUGUAGGUUUGGAAUAGAGAACACUCCAAUCAGUUUGCAAACUGAUGACAUUGUUUAUUUAAUAUAUAUUCUAUUCCUUUUUGUUACUUACGAUUUCCGUUCUGAGUACAGGAUUUAAUCAAUUCUCUGUAGUCAUAAUAAAGGGAGGGAUCCUGUAGUCACUAUUACUAUUUCCUCUUAAUGAAUUGGUUAUAGUACCUGGAGUCCCCUUGCCCUGUCUGUCCAUUUAAUGUUAAAUCAUUCGAGCAGCUCAACACUAAAUAAUGGUCCAAUGGCCACCGAUUACUCUAGGUGUGGCUAAGACAGAGAUACCUUGUAGCCAGACACAUUCAUACCAGAAACGUGCACUUUGAUAGGCUAGAAGCAGUCAGCAGACACUUUCAACCCAGCACAGCUGCCCAUUGCUAGUCAGGCUAAUACUGUCUCAUUAGCCCGAACAGCACAGAGGGGAUGAGUUGCUGGGGACUUUCUUUUAGCAUUGAAACUUAAAAACAUUAAAAACUGCCUGACGCUUAAUGACAGUAUGGAAUCAGGAAACUCCACACACUGUAACCACUUCAAUGAGAUGAAGUAGGCAGAGUUCCUACAGUGUCUCUUUAAGUCUUGAAUUAGAUAUUAUAAACAGUCAUAUUUGAAAACAGCAUUAAAAGAGGCUGAACCAAUGGUCAAGUUGAUUGUUGGGUGAUUGCCGAGGAAUUAAGCAUUUGUCAUGUGAAAAAAUAAUUGACAAAUGUGUGAUACAGUUAACUUAUUCCCAGUUUUCAUCUUUUUUGUGAGAAAAUAAUUAUACAAUUGAAAAAUACUAAACUCCACCUUUAGUAAGAGACUUAUGAAUUUGCAUGGCAUUUAUAAAGAUGUAAUUUACGUAUUGUGACUCUGUCCUUAUAUUGGGUGACAAUAACUCCUAAUGUCUUUUUAAACAUGGAGGAGUAAUAAAGUGCCUCUAAUUUUGUAAAUAUUCUGUUUUGUCAGUGGACUGACCAAAAAAAUUAUUA